CCCAUGUAUAGCCCCGCUCACCAACUUUGCUUAUGUAAUUAAAGGCGCUCAAUUCCUUCGAGCGUACUCAAUUUUCCUAGGUCCAACAGCCAACAGACUUCAAGAAAAAUGGGUACCCAAACUGCGAAGAAACUGUGCAACUGCAUGUUUGUUGCUUCUGCCUGUCAAGAGACCUCAAAAUCAUCCUAUCCUAUCCUACACUCCGUGAAACAAAUGAAAGGAUUCACGCACUGUAUAUCCAUUUGCACGACCACCUACUUUGACGGAAUCAUCGCCGUCAUUGAUCCUGAGUUGAGUUGAGUAGCACGGUGGCAAUGAAUGUCGAAAUAUGUUUGAGGAAUGCGUACGGUCCGGGUCAAAGGUCGUGCCAUAGAGGCAGACAUGAUAUCCAGUAUCGACCGAAAGACCAGACAGGUCACGACUAAAUUUACAGGCACACGCGCUCACACGCGCCCCUCGUUCGUCG